GUGCACACAUGAAAAGUGUGAAGAUUGGUCCCAACCAGUUGAUCAAAAAUAGUCAGUCAAAUAGCUCCUCUGAUUCUUUUUCUCAUGUUUCCAGACAUCUCUUGACAGAUAACUGGCAGAGUUUACUGUACAAACAUGAUAUUGUGACAUUGACACUUGUUCGAUCAGCAGUAUCUGUUGCAGUAGUUAUUAUUAAACAUUUCUCGCCACAGUUAAAAGGGAAAGAGGAAGUAUAGUAUUGUCUUGAUUCAUUUGGUUUCUUUGCUUCUUUGGCUGCACUUCUUGAUCUUUCAUUGGCAUCAUUAGACUUAAUAUCAAGUUAUAUUCAUUUGGUGAGUGUUAAACACAGCAGAGAUGAGGAGCUGAAGUGUUUUUUCUCUUAUCCAGUGUCAUGUAUUUGUGCAUGUGAAAUAAGAAAGAAAAGUCUCGCUCUGAAGAUCUCCUUUAGCAUUUGUCGCCGGUGGAGACACAAUCAGGAGGAAGUAUCGAGAUAUCGGACGUGUCAGAUAAACUUCUCUGCUGCAGACAGUAAAACAACUGAACACAGAAGACUACACUAAAGCAAGGAUGUUUGGUCUUUUCUUUGUAAUCUGUCUUCUUGUGAUUCCAGGAAUGUUUAGCCAAACCGGGACAGUGAAAUACUCAAGCAGAGUAAAAUGUGUCGUGAAGGGCUCAAACACACUUCUGUCCGGCAGUUUCACCCAUCCUGAUGGUCUCAAUAUAAUCAAGAUAUUUUGGACCAUAGAUCCAGUAAAAGAUGAGGAUCUGUCUGAAGUACCAGAAUAUAAAGGCAGAGUUGAGUACAUUCUGUAUGAGAAACAAAACUUCAUUCUCAAACUGAGUAAUAUAACAUAUGAGGAUGAAAAUGUGUACUGCACCAGAAUCAUAACAAAUGUAGAAAAAAUUUUAGGUUAUCCUGGAGUUCAGCUGAAGGUGACAGAGCUCAGGGUUGAGGUUCCUGAAGAGGUUGUUGAGGGAAAUUCUGCAGCUUUAUUUUGUAAAACCACAUGCAACCUUGCAAGCAGCACAAAAUAUAUCUGGUAUAAAAACAAAAGUCCUUUAUCAGAAUCAUUCAGUGGUAAUAAACUGAUACUGCAGUCUGUAAACAGUGAUGAUGCAGGAAACUACAGCUGUGCUGUGAGAGGAGAUGAACAUUUGCAAUCUCCAGCUGUCACACUUACUGUCAGAUCUGGCAGCAAUACAGUUCUGCACGUAACUGCAGGAAUUGCGGCUGCGCUCAUCUGCAUCUGCAUUGUUAUUGUAACAAUGAGAAUCGUAAGCAGAAAGAUUGCAGAAACUGGAAUCAGAAGUGACAGAUCAAAACAGGCAAGUUAA